UUGUGAACACAUGGUAUGGUCAUCUUGUGCCCAGUUUGCAAGUACGCCACUUUAUCAUUCUCCGUCUUUGAAUUCGGUCAUCACGUCGCUGUUGGAAAUGCAAUAAUAUCGUGGGCACACCUAGGAGCCAUGGAAGCAGGUGCCGCAGUAAUUCGUGUGCGCUCUGUUCAAACCUGACAUACCGGACAUACUAUCAGAACAUGCUAUCAUCUGAAGUGAGACGUCGCUGCUUUGUAGCUGUUCCUGUCUGAUUCAGUACUGUAUAGCCUUUCGGCUUCAACUCGCACUCUGGGCAGUCUCUGGUUGGAGGACAGCCGUCUUUACUACAUCCUGUUUAACAGAUGGCAUGAGAGAUAUUCUAAUAGAUAGCUCAAUUCGUCAGG